AUGAGAAUGCAAAUACUCAUUUUACUGUUACUUGUCCUGUGCAACAUCGGCUGGACACGUAGUAUUGCUAAGACACCGGAUGUUUAUGAAUUUGAUCUUUUCGACGGGGAAGAAAAGGGCAGUUUCUUGCUCUCCGUCGUUGAUGCCGUACAUAUUCAUUCCGUCGUCGAGGCUGAAGGUGUGUUGGUUGCAAUCGGAGAAUUCAGAUAUCACCUGGCUGGUGAAGUAAGGCUAAGAACGUUUUCACUUUCGAGCAUAGAUGGGGGGAGGACAUGGAAAAAGGACAACAUAAUUGAAGGAAGAAAGGAGAUGGAGUAUUCUUCCUAUCCAAUACCACUUGAAGUAGUUGCCAAAGGGAGCAAUGUGUAUGUGCUUGCAAGCGGGUAUGAUGUGCAAGGCGAUGGCUUAGGCAAGGUAACGAUAAGUGAGUGCAAAGAUAGUCUCCUUCUAAUUUCUGGGAAAGUUGUAAGGUCGAGAGGUUUUUUUUCGCAAUCAGCUGGUGUAGAGUGGAACAAACAGGUGCCGUUGAAGGGGGUCUUCCCCACUGGACUUCAAGCGGGGCCAGUGAACAAGUUUUUCCGAGGAAGAAGGGAUGCAAUCGUCACUGAAGGGGGUUUACUUGUAUUUCUCGUUUGUUUAAAGAACGAGAAUAGCGAAGACGUACCCACAAUAAUUUAUUCCGUGGACGACGGUAUCCACUGGAAGUCGACACCCCUAGAAGCUCAUGUAUGCAAGGAGAAUUGCAACAUCUUUGAAUGGGGAGGGAGGCUUAUGUUGAGCAACGGCUCGUAUACCGGUCACUUGGCUGUUUAUGAAUCCAUCAAUAUGGGAAGGGAAUGGACGGAAGCCAAGAGGACGUUCUCGCGUGUGUGGGCCAGUGGUGCAGCCGAAGGUGGAUCACACAACUUGCUUGUUGUCACAAUUGAAGGGAAAAGGUUGUUGAUUUUCACCCGGCGCGCACCGUCGACUGACUCAUAUGGGGAUGGGCUCAAUAUUUGGCUAUCUGAUGGCGAACAUUUUUUUGAUAUUGGUCACGUCACUCUUGAAGGUGGAAUAGAUGGUGAAGGGACACUGCUGUACAGCAACGGCAAACUGCUUUACUUCUACAAAAAAACUGGCACCUUUCAUGAUGAGGUAAGCAACGCGGUACCCUAUGACAUAGGCAAGGUUGCGCAUUUAGAUCAUGAACUCGAAAAGAUAAAAGCGGUUGUGGAAAAAUGGAGGACCGAGAGUGUGCUCCGUUCCGGAACCAGAGGAGCCACCGACCGCGUAAACUGUGUUGAUGAUGCACCCGCUGGGCUUUUUUUGAAUGAUUUAGAUGGUGAUCAGUGGAAGGACACAUAUAACAGCGUGAGCAUCAAAGCUGUUGGGGCUAAGAAAACAUUGAAUGGUAUAUUAUUUAGUGGCCCUAAUCGGGGUGCCACAUGGACUGUGAGCAACCACACGGGGGCUCAGCUUUACAACUUUGCAAAUUAUGAAUUUACACUUGGGGUGACUGUGGAGGUGCCUGACCGAGUGAGUGAAAAAAUCCCGGUUGUGGGCGUUGUCAUCAGCGAGGGAAGUGUCGACGAGUGUCUUGAAGUGUCGUACACAUCGGAUGACAAAUGGUACGUAACGUUUGGGGGCCGGCAUGUGCCUACAUUUGGAUCCUCCAUCCACAACGAGACUCACCAAGUUACGAUAACCAUGUACAAUGGUUUGUUCACUGUUAAUAUCGAUGGUGCCGCCUUCUCGAGGACGGGAAGCGGUAUCAAGACUGUUAGGCGAGUGCGAGAUGUUAUGCAUUUCUAUAUUGGAGGAUAUGGAGAGAAGAAAGCUACUCCCAAUGGAAAACUACUGGUGAAGAGUGCUGUUCUUUUCAAAAGGGAGUUGACCCUUGCCGAAGUCCAAGUGAUGUUCAUGCGAACGUACUGGCCUAGAUGCCCGUCAAAGGCACCUCUAGUUGCUGUUGAUGAACCACAGGAGGGUCACAGCAACGGGCAAAUUGAUAACGCAACGCACGUAUAUGUGGCGCUUGCUGCUAUGAUCUUUGUUGUCACUUUUUGA